AGGGCAGGCAAGCGGGAGGAGGAACUGCAGUUUGUGAGAGAGGAAGGAGGGAGAGACAGCACAUUCGCCUCCGCUUGACACAUCGGUGUUGACAAAACGAGUCACGUGACGCGCACGAAGAUGGCGCAUCUUACGCUACGUUGCAGCCUCCUCUCGAUUCCUCUUGCGCCAAAUCGGACCUAUCUACGCUGCGACCUCGACGCAAAUUAACAUCUCAUUUUUAUCCCCUCUCGUCUCAUCCGUGGACUGCAGAAGACUGCUUUUCUUUCUUUAGAAAAAGGCUACCGGAUGAGUAGAUUUUGAAAGCUACCUGCGCUUGACUUGAAAUGCGGCUGGAAUAACACCUUUGUGGAGACUGCGAAGCGCGUGCACGUGUGCGCGUCCCCCAGCUGGUCACGGAGACUGCAUCAGAUUGGCGAUACACGCCGGGAAAUAAUGAUAAUAAUAUUUAAAGACCAAAAGCAGUGAUUUUUGAUGCUCCUUUCUCCCGGCCACCAUUACUGCGCACACCAACGUCAGAAUUCCAGUGGAGUCAUGUAGUACGAACAACAUCCUCCUCGUCCACUUCAUCUCAUUUUUUUUUUUCAAGCCGACAUCAUCUGAUUUCAUCGAAACAAUGUGGCACAAAUAACCAAAUAUGUGGAUCCCUACCGAAGAGGAGAAAAUCGGAGUUGUUAUCUGCAACUUCCGGUCACCGAUAUGUCAGGCCCUGGUCCUGGAGAUUGGGGAGACGGUCCAGAUUCUGGAGAAGAGUGAAGGUUGGUACAGAGGCUUUUCGACCAAGAAGCCUUCGAUCAAGGGUAUUUUCCCAGUCAGCUACGUUCACUUGAAGAAAUCUACAGUGACCAACAGAGGGCUGUGCGAGACAGUGGUGCCCCUUGAGGACCCCAUCAUCACCGAGACCACCUCGACACUGCAGGAGUGGGGUGUCUUGUGGAAGCAGCUUUAUGUGAAGCAUAAGGUGGAUCUGUUCCACAAGCUGCGUCAUGUGAUGAACGAGCUCAUCGACUUACGUCGGCAGCUCAUCCAAGGUCACCUCGCUCAGGACCAGACCCGUGAGAUCAAGCGGCACAUCACUGUACGCCUUGACUGGGGCAAUGAGCACCUUGGCAUAGACCUUGUACCCAGGAAAGAGUUUGAAAUGGUGGACCCGGACCAGAUCAGCAUAUCUGAGCUUUACAAAUUGCAUGUUUCCAGCAGACACUGUGGUCAGCAAAGCACAACCCAGGCUGACAACGUGAGACCACGUCACGGCGACAGUUGCCGUGUCCCAGUGUCACACCACCUCUUCAUCAAUCUGAAGAGCUUCACUUACAACAGCAUCAGCGAGGACGCUGACGUCUUCUUCUCCCUGUAUGACACUCGAGAGGCCAAGCAGAUCAGUGAAAAGUUCAUGGUGAAACUCAACAAAAAUGGAGGACCAAAGAAUCCGGAGAAGGUUGAUCGUCUUUGUGCUCUCUUCACGGACCUAAGCAGUAAAGACUUGAAGAGAGACCUGUACAUUGUUGCACAUGUCAUGAGAACUGGCCGCAUGCUUCUGAAUGACUCAAAGAAAGGCCCACCUCACGUGAUGUAUCGACGACCGUAUGGCUGCGCCGUUCUUGCAAUGAGUGAUGUUUUCCAUACCAUCACUGACCUCAAAGAGGAGAAGGACUUUGUGCUCAAAGUUUAUACAUGUAACAACGAGAACGAGUGGUACCAGGUUCACGAAAACAUCAUCCGCAAGUCCAACACCAAAUACUCCGCUCCCAGCACCAAUUAUGGCCUCAUCAUUUCUCUGCAGCUGUUGAAGGGCGAGUUGGAGCAGAUCAGACGGGAGAACCAGGCUGUGUUCAACCGAGCCCUGGCACUCACACGCAAACUGGGUUUUCCAGAUGUUAUCAUGCCAGGUGACAUUCGCAACGACUUGUACUUGACCCUGGAACGAGGCGAGUUUGAGCGGGGUGGCAAGAGCGUCCAGAAGAACAUCGAAGUGACGCUCUAUGUCCUCUACGCCGACGGGGAUACUCUCAAAGACUGCAUCAGUUUGGGCAGCGGGGAACCAAACAUGACUGACUAUCGCUCCUUCGUCCUCUACCACAACAACAGCCCUCGCUGGAGUGAGAUGGUCAAACUUCCCAUUCCCAUAGAUCGCUUCCGAGGGUCUCACCUCCGCUUCGAGUUCAGACACUGCUCCACUAAAGACAAAGGGGAGAAAAAACUUUUCGGCUUUGCUUUCACUCCCCUGAUGAGAGAGGACGGGACCACACUGUCGGACGAAAGCCAUGAGCUGUACGUCUACAAGUGUGACGAGAGCGCCACCUUCAGUAACCAGGGCCUGUACCUCAGCCUGCCCUGCUGCAAGGAGGACUUCAACAGUUGUCCCAACCUGCCAGCUAAUCUGCCGUUUCAGAGAAGCCCAAAAGAGACCUUUUGGGUCUCCACCAUACUCUGCUCCACCAAACUCACACAGAAUGUGGACCUAUUGGCCCUUCUGAAUUGGAAGACCCACCCAGACAGGGUUCUGGACAUCCUUGGUCGAUUGCGUCAGAUCAGUGGGGAAGAGAUUGUCAAGUUCCUACGAGAUGUCCUGGACACCCUCUUCUGUCUUUUAGACGACAACACUGAUAAAUAUGGACCUCUGGUUUUCCAGUCUCUGGUAUUUAUUAUCAACUUGCUCAGGGACAGUCGUUUCUACCACUUCCGCCCUGUCAUGGAUUCUUACAUCCAAAACCACUUUGCUGGAGCUUUGGCAUACAAGGAGCUUAUUCGAUGCCUGAAGUGGUACAUGGACCGUUCGGCUGAGGUCGUCCGACAAGACCACAUUCAAGAGGCCAUGAGGGCUCUGGAGUACCUGUUCAAGUUCAUCGUCCAGUCCAGAAUUCUGUAUGCGCGGGCCACUUGCGGGAUGGAGGAAGAGCAGUUUCGAGCAAGCAUCCAGGAGCUCUUUCAGUCCAUCCGCUUUGUGCUGAGCCUGGACAGUCGCAGCUCAGAGAAUCUGGUCUUCACGCAGGCGGCUCUGUUGAACAGCUUCCCUGAUAUCUUUGAUGAGCUGCUGCAGAUGUUCACGGUUCAGGAGGUGGCCGAAUAUGUCCGCGGCACCCUCGGAAGUAUGCCCAGCACUGUUGACAUUGGCCAGUCAAUGGAUGUUGUCAAACUGCAGUCGAUUGCACGCACCGUUGAAAGCCGUCUGUUCUUCUUUCCCGAGUCUCGAAGCAUUUUACUUCCAGUUGUUCUGCACCACAUUCACUUGCACCUGCGCCAGCAGAGGGAGCUGCUUAUCUGUUCUGGGAUCCUUAGCAGCAUUUUUUCCAUCAUCAAAAGCAGUUCUAUGGAGUCGUCUGUUCAGGAGGAAGUAGAGAUGAUGGUGGAGAGCCUCUUGGACGUGUUGCUCCAGACUCUCUUGUCAAUCAUGAGCAAGUCUCACUCUGUGGAGACAUCCAGAGGACAACGCUGCCCCCAGUGUACCGCUGAGAUCACAGGGGAGUACGUGUCCUGUCUUCUUUCUCUGCUCCGACAGAUGACAGAGAUCCACUUUCACCAUCUACUUAACAACUUCCAUAGCAAGGAGGAACUCAAAGAGUUCCUGUUAAAGAUCUUCUGUGUAUUCCGCAACCUGAUGAAACUGACAAUCUUCCCUCGAGAUUGGAGUGUCAUGAGACUUCUAACCAGUCACAUCAUUGUCGUGACAACGCAGCUUCUUUCCCCGGCGCUGCACAAGAACUUUUCCGAAGCCGAUUUCGAUUUUAAGGUGUGGAACUCCUUUUUCAGCCUGACCGUGCUCUACAUCAAUCAGCCCAGUCUGCAGCUCGAGGCGCUUGGGCUCACCAAGAGAAAGAAAGUUCUGGACAAGUAUGGAGACAUGAGAGUACUGAUGGCGUAUGAGCUCUUCAGCAUGUGGCAAAAAUUAGGUGACAACAAACCCCACUUCAUCCCAGGAAUGAUGGGCCCCUUUCUGGGAGUCACCCUGGUCCCUCAGACUGAAGUUCGAAACAUAAUGAUUCCAAUUUUCCAUGACAUGAUGGAUUGGGAGCAGAGGAAAAAUGGAAACUUCAAACAGGUGGAAGCGGAACUGAUGGAUAAGCUGGACAGUAUGGUGUCGGAUGGCAAAGGCGACGAUAACCACAGGGAGCUCUUCAGUCUUUUGACCCAGCUUUUCGGACCUUACCCAAGUCUACUGGAGAAGAUAGAGCAGGAGACCUGGAGAGAGACGGGCAUCUCAUUUGUCACAUCGGUCACAAGACUUGUAGAACGACUGCUGGACUACAGAGACUGCAUGAAAGGAGAUGAAGCCGAGAAUAAAAAAAUGGCCGGCUCUGUCAACUUUACGAAUUUCUACAAAUCGGAAGUCAACAAGGAGGACAUGUACAUCCGUUACAUCCAUAAGCUGUGUGACCUGCACCUCCAAGCAGAAGACUUCACAGAGGCCGCGUUCACGCUGUUACUCUACUGGGAACUGCUCCAUUGGGAGGACCGGCCUCUGAGGGAUUUUCUCCACUACCCUUGCCAGAGCGAGUGGCAACGCAAGGAGAACCUGAGUCGGAAAAUUCUUCACUACUUCAACAAGGGCAAGUGUUGGGAAUACGGCAUCUCUCUGUGUCGGGAGCUGGCUUUCCAGUAUGAGACGUUAUAUGAUUACCAGAGCCUCAGCUGGAUACGGAAAAUGGAGGCGGCCUACUAUGACAACAUUAUUGAGCAACAACGCAUUGAACCAGAGUUUUUCCGAAUGGGAUUCUAUGGCAGGAAGUUUCCCUUCUUCCUCAGGAACAAAGAGUUUGUCUGUCGUGGCUAUGACUACGAACGGCUGGAGGACUUCCAGCAAAGGAUGCUGGGAGAAUUUCCGCAAGCCAUCGCCAUGCAGCAUCCCAACCAACCCGACGACACCAUUCUGCAGAGCGAUGCACAGUAUUUGCAGAUCUAUGCGGUGACACCAGUGUCAGAUAUCUCAGAUGUGCCUCAACUGGAACGCGUGCCCGAGAGGAUCAAGAGCUUUUACCGCAUAAACAAUGUCAGCCGCUUCCACUAUGACAGGCCUUUCCACAAGGGCCCCAAGGACCGCGAAAAUGAGUUCAGGAGCCUGUGGAUUGAGCGAACAACUCUAAUCCUCUCCCGCCCUCUCCCGGGCAUCUCUCGCUGGGCCGAGGUGGAAAGGAGAGAAGUGGUGGAGGUGAGCCCUCUGGAGAAUGCCAUCUACGUGGUGGAAAAUAAAACCCAGGAGUUGCGCACUCUGAUCAGCCAGUACCAGCACAGACAGCAUCACGGCAACAUCAACCCGCUCAGCAUGUGCCUCAAUGGGGUCAUAGACGCCGCGGUGAACGGAGGCAUCGCCAGAUACCAAGAGGCAUUCUUCGACAAGGACUACAUCAGCAGUCACCCUGAGGACACGGAGAGGAUCACCCACCUCAAGGACCUGAUGCAGGAGCAGGUGCACAUUCUUGGAGUGGGUCUAGCUGUUCAUGAGAAGCUGGUCCACCCGGAGAUGCGUCCACUGCACAAAAAGCUGGUGGACCAGUUCCACAUGAUGAGGACUGGCUUGCACCAUUAUAUUUUUGGGACACAGCAGGGUGUGCCCGGCGUGGAUCGAUUUGGCCCUGCUGGCUGCUCCGGGGUCAAUUCUCCCAGAGGUGUCCUGUCCUCCCACAGCCACAUGAGCCCCGAGAGUCUGCGGCUCAUACACAGACACAGCCCUCUGAACCUGCAGGGUUUGAUUCGUCACUCGUCCUCCUCUCUGUCCUCUCACACUUCGAGCGAGACAGGGCCGGUAAACCUCGCCAUAAUGACAGAGGGUCUCAUGGGGGAGCACCCCGAGGAGUCCAUACACAUGCAGGUAAUGCUUGAAAUGCAACAAAAUGACUCUGACUGCACUUUCUACAAUUUAAUUUUGAAAAACUUAUCCUGUGUUAUUCUCAUCCAUGCUUCACAGCCGAGCCCUUCGUCCUCAAGCCUGAGCUCGAUACGUUCCAACUCCUCCCAAAUUAUAAACUCUGCUCCCUCGAGUGCCAGAGGCUCGCCGUCCUUGCCUGACAAGGCCAAACACAACCGGGAAGUGAUGAUCCUGCUGCCAUCUCAUCGCGAGCGGGUCAACAACUCUCUGUACUACAACUUGGCGGAAAACGGACAGAAUAACCACAUGCAGCGUGCCUUACUGCAACAAGUCAGCCCCUGCAAGCCGUGUACGGAUCCUCACAUGACUCUGCCGGAGAAAGUGUUUCCCAAUGCUCCCGGCAGCUGGAACCUGGAUGGAGAGAACAGGGACCAUGUGUCCUACAUGCCAACUUCGACUGGAGGUGUAAUUAUGCCACCCAUCCCUCCAAGAUCUUUCCCACCAGGACAUUUCCUGAUGCAAUGUGACACAUUUAACCCGCAAAACAGUGACCCUCCACCUGCCCUGCCUGUGCGUUCACUUCGAAAGUCGCCCCUCCACCCAAUUCCCGGUUCCCCCACCAGCCCUCAGUCAGCUUUGGGGGGCAGUAACUCCACCCUGUCCGGCAGCGCCAGCAGCGGCGUUUCCUCCCUGAGCGAGAGUAACUUCAGCGGCCAGUAUCCUGAUCCGGGCCCCAUCAGGAAUGACGCCUUGGAGCCCCUCCCCAGCCACCUGUGGUCGCCCCCCGAUGAGUACCUGGCCUCUUCCUACCUGCACAUUCACUACGGCACCCCAGAAAUGGAGUCGGUGGACCCGGUCCGCCCUUUCCACUACCGCAGCCCCGCCUCGCACCCUCACUCCCACCCUCACACGCACGCUCACUCGGGGCUUGACGGCCACUCCCACGGGCCGGCGCCUCAUCAUCACCCACCCGUCCACGGGCCCCAUCACAUCCCCUAUCGCAGGCCCCAGCCCCCUGCCAUCCCGCCCAAACCCUACCUGCGGGAGGGCUGCAUCCCGGAAGAGGAUCUGCAGCCUCAGCCCAUUCCGCUGCCCCGCAGGAUCUUCCACUCCCCCCACGGGCACAGGGACGAGCAGGGAAAGCAUCCCUGGGAGCAAUGCAUCAGUGAGGAGCACGAGGAGGCGCAGUGAUCCCCAUCUUCCCUUCAUGCGCACUGCGUGAAAGUAGUGGGGAAAUGUCCGACAUGAAAGCAUGUUCCUCGCUGUGUUUUUAACUCAGUGCGCAUGGGGGCGAGGGCGGGGCCGCGUGGCUCGUUUUAAAAAGAAAAAACGAACAGGAGCCGCUGACUAACGGGCCAGCGAAAACAUCUUGAUUGUACACAGUUGUACAACUUGUCUGUGAGCAUGUUUUCCAUUUGAGAAUAAUUCGACAAGCGUUUUGUGAAGUCUAGCGACCAUGAUCAUGCCAGUGCAGGAUGAACUCACAACGCAGCGUUAGGUGGUUGGCUAUUCACAGUGAAGUGACUUCUGCUUUCAAUGCUUCACAUCCAGGAAUUCUUAUUUUGAUAAAUUUGCUACAUGAUAGUGUUUUCAAAGGCUUCAUAUUGUACAUCCAUUACACUGUUAAGUGCUCCUUAAUAGUGACUCAUGACUGGAAUGACGCUCUCUUUUCCGAUAAGACGUCGAGCAGGUUGCGAAGAUCGGACCGCCAUCUCAAGGGACUGACUACUCUCCAUCCGUACCGUGCGUAUGGAAACCCACGUGAAUGUAAUUCCAGAUGAUCAACUUGUACAAGUUGCAGACCUGAUGAUUCAGAUUUUUCUUUUUUUGUCAAAGUGCUUUGAUUUGAAUCUUUGUUGUGGACCUAAAACGAUACGUGGAGAGGAACGGCUAUGGGCUGACAGGCUGCCUGGAAUGAAUCACUCCCAAAACUGUCAAUGUGACUUGUUCUCAGUGAAUGAAGGCUGGAAGGACUCUCCACUUCACACCUCUUGUCUGUCACGCUUUCUGCUCCCCUCUCCUUUCCUCUAUCAGAUCCUGUUAAACAGUGAGGGCUCAACCUGGAUGAUGACACUGUCAAGCCCCUGAUCCACUCAGAAAGUGUUGCAAUCGCCUACUUGCCUUAAGCGCAGUCACAUACAGUUUGACCUUUCAUCUGGACUCUAAGCUCUUCUCUGUGUUCACUCCCUUGACGGAAAAAAACAAAUCCGCUUAGUGAUGUUUUUUUUUUUUUUGCUUUGGUUUCGGGUUUCGGGUUGUGGUUUUGUUCGUAGUGCUGAUAUUUCUUAUCCUACCUGCGGUUCUUCUCUUCUCGGUCACGGCCUGUUACGUACAAACCAAUCGCGUAUCAGACAGAGAACAAGCAUUUGUUACAAUGCAAUGGCGAAGGAAGGUGAUGUUGAACUUUUUCCUUUUUUUUCCCUUGGUGUUUUAUUUGGCAGGUGGAGGCUUCGUGUUACUGUACAUUGCAUCUCCAGCUGACUAGACAACAUCUAUUUUUGUAUGUGAGAUCAUCAGUGGUGUGAGCUUCUUUACAAAGGGCCCUCGUACUGCACGCCUUGCUGUACUUUGUAUGGAAAUGAGCCUGAGGUUAGAUAUAGACACCGUGCGAGUAUCGACGGAGGAGGAGAACUAUGGAAUGAGUCGAUACUCAAACCAUAGGAACAAUUCCGAUUUUCCAAUGUAAAUUCUGUUACUGUACAUACAGCGGUAUUGUGAGAUAUUUUUGAGAAUUAUUGCAGACACCCCCGAAAAAGAUUUAUUGUUGUUUUCGUGUAUAUACAUGUACUCCAGAGAUCAAUGUAAUUGAUAAAUAUCUAUAAUCAGUGUUUGAAAAAGGAAGAAUCCAUUAGACUGUGGGUGUCUCCACCGUUCUUGACUAUGAGUCUCAUAUAAAUAAUUUAUACACUUUUCAAUGUGCUUUCCUGUACAUAUGGUGUUAGCAUGAUCGGACAGUGUUUGGUUGUAAAAGUGGUUUUCCUACUCCCAUAACUGCUGUGGUAUGGAAUUCAUUCACAAUACCAAACAAUAAAGACAAUCUUUUAUCAGCAUCA